AUCACACUCGCUUGACGAAACUAUUGUUAAAAACGUCCAUAAUGCAUAAAAUAGUUCGUAAAGCUGCGAGUAUUAGUCAUCUCUAAUAUUUCGCCGUCUGGCGUGUUAAACAACAUAGCUUUACAGCAAAGCAGGAAAGUGUUCGUGGCCGUCGCGCACAUUAGUCCGUCAAUUUGUUUAGCUUUGAUUCACCAAGCGGUCGUCGUCGUCGGUGGUGGUGUUUGUGUGUGUGCUAGAAGAAAAAGUAGAUCAUCUCCGCGAACCAGAGCAUCGCGUUACAGCACACCGUUUCUGUAUUCUCCUCCAGGGACGGAAAUUCUUCUUGGCUGGGGGCCACACCAGCAGCAGCACAAUCCGUAAACCCACGUGAAGCAACCACAUUCACCGUCCCGGGUUAGGCGGAAGCGAAGUGCAAUGCACGGUACGACGGGCAGUGCAGUGAAAUGGUGUGUGAAUGGGUAAUGGGCAAGAAGCAAAUGAACGCGUGAAGUGUGUGUGCAUCGUCAUGACGGGUGCCUCCGAAGAAAGUAGCGAUUGAAAGAAAGUUGAUUGGUUCUGCGGAAGUUUGCCAGCCAGCGCCAGGUUGCACGCCGUUGAACGUGCCCGGGGGAGUAAAAAGAGUGCACUCGUGUGUGUGUGUGUGUGUGUGUGUGUGUGUGUGUGCGCGAGCGAGUGUGUUGUGAAUAGCGAAAAUAAAACGUCUUUCAAGGCUUUCUUGAAGUCGUGCCCCCGUGCAGGAAAGAGGAGCGUUUUUACAGCGUGAAGUUACAACGAAGUGCCACUGCCUACGGCCAAAUUAGAACGACGCGAUACAAUCAUCCGAUACACGGCAAACGAGGAGUCCGCUUCCUGGUGCCCUGCCAAAAGAAAACCAGCUGGAACCAGCACGUCCCAACACACGCACGAAUGCGAAUGGUAGACGCUGCCCCACGCACACCCGGUCACUUGCCAGAGCUGGGCGCUGAACUACCGCAGGACAGCGACGUCGCACGGUGGCCCACCAGCAGCGGCAGCAUGAAAUGAGCAGGCAGCAAUGGGUUCGCAAACGUUAAAAAUCCUACGACAGGGUGUGCUGGCCAGCUUGACCGGUGGCUGGUACUAUGACGUGCAUCAGAAUGUCUUCUGCAAUGCCGUCCAUCUGUACAUCUGGCUGUUUCUGUUGUUCCUUCCGUUCAUCAUUUAUAUGUACUUCCCGACCACCGUAGCCGUAUGGAGCAUUUACUGCGUGCUGAUCGCGAUCAUCAUCACCUUCUUCAAGAUGGUGAAUGUGGCGCUGCACCGCAUGUACGACCGGGCGCGGACGCUGUCGGAAACGAACCUGAAGAAGCCGGGCAGUGCCAACUCCGGGAAAGCACCGCGCGAAGCAGACACCGGCAUCGGAAUCGGUGGCUCGGGUGACGAUGAGCCGGGCAUUGAGAUGCAAAUCCUUGGCACGGUGGAAGUGGUCGGCGGUACGCCCCCGGUGAACGCAUCGUCCCGCACGUCGGUCGAGCAUCAUAGCGACGAAAACAGCUACGCCAAUAGUGCGAUCUCGAUCGACUACCAGGAGGUGACGAGUACGAUCGAUCUGAAGGUGGACGUACAUCGGAAGAACAGCUCCGAGUCGAGCGACAGUGGGCUGAGCGGUGCAGCGGCCGGUGCGACGGGUAGCGGCGGUGGUGGUACCGCUAGUGGAAGUGUCGUUCCGUCGGCAGCUUGCAGUGACGCAUGCUUCAGAAGCGAUCGAAUCGCGGAAGCAAACAACGAAACACCGUUCGGUGCGCCGGUGGUAAGAUGCGGCAUACCGGUGCAAACGCACACGGCGGAAGGGUGCGGUGCGGGAGGCAGCACGCACAAACGCUCCCUGUCCACGCCGAACCAGGAUCGGUUUUCCGAGUUGGUGCUGGAAACGGUGAUGCGCGAGAUGACGCGAGAAUUCGGUGAUCUUCCGCUGGCGGGCGAUGGUGCAGCUGGUGCGAGUAGCAACACGAAGGGAGAGUCGGGGACGGGUACGCGAGUGCUGGGCGGUGCCCAAUCGAACGCCUCGUUGCGACGCCAUCAGUACAAAUCGAAGCGGAAACAGCGCUUCAUGAACAGUCAGCUACAGCGCCAAAUAUCGCUCGACUCGGAGAAGCUGAACGGCGGCAAUGUGUUUGCGGCGGACGAACAAUCCGCCGGUGGCGGGCAGCCGGUGGCCCGAGCGGAUGAAGAGGCGACCGACGGUGGGGCGCGUAAUCGCCGCCGGCCGGGUUUGGGUACGGUCGGCGCGGAAGGCGGCAUGCAGCUGCAAAGGCAUCUGAGUUCGGAGGACCAAAAUAACAAGUCGGUCGGUUCGUUGUUUCACCAUCAGCUGCACCAUCAUCACCACCAUCAUCACCAUCACCAUAUGCUUGCGAUGCAGAAUCUCGAUCCGGACCUGUACCUGGAUCACAACUACACUAAGUCGGCCGUACAGCUGGCGAUGGCGGACACGGGCAGUGGGAACGAUUCGGCCAACAGCAAGAUCACCUACCUCCUGCACCAAGCUACCCCGAUCCGGCGGGAUUCGAGCAGUACCAUGUCGGCGUUACAGCUGCCAACGAUUGCGAGCAGCAGCGGUCCGGCGGGCGGUUCGAUUGCCGGCGGUGUGUCGGGCGAUGGCGUGGGGACGGCCGGGUGCGAUCGGACCGUCAGUAGGGGUGGCAACAACGCGUCCGGCAAACGACGCCGGCACUCGAACACUACCAACAGUGGCAAUGGUGGAUCGGGCCGGCCACUGCCCCGCUCACUGACGUCCGUGAGGCGAAUCAAAAGUGCCGCACUGGAAACGUGCAGUCCGGCCUCGAUACCGAACCUCACGCCGACCCACCCGAACAGUGUGGAGGUGAUCGGUGGGCUAACGCUGCGCAACCCACGCCAUACGGUGCUGCCACCGCCGAGCAAGUGCUUAUCGCGCAAUCCGUACCUGAACUUGUUUACGAAAUCAAACGAAGGCAGCAGUGGAACGGGGCUGGUGGACGUGUGCGGCGGCGGUGCUUCGUCCAGCUUUAUCGUUCAGCAUGGUUGUGAUAGUGCGGCUGCCUUUGAAUCGGUGCUACCGGGCGCUACGAACGCCGGCAGCGACCCGGUCUAUCCGAUCGCGGAACAGUCGGAUGAAAGUACGCCGGUAAAGAGUAGUGCGGCUGGUGGUGGUGGUGGUGCGGCACGGAUGGUGCGAGACGAAAACACGCCACCGGUACAGCGUUUCGAUCUGCAUUCCGACUCGGACGAUGACGGGCUGGAGGACGACGAUGACGAGGAGGAGGAUGAUGAUGAUGACGAUUUAGAGGACGAUGGUGAUGGUGAGGAGGACGAGGAAGAGGAAGACGACGAGGAGCAGGAAAUAAACAUCGAUGGUGAGGAGGGGCCGCAAGAGCAGCGUACGACUGAGCAAACGAAGGUAGAGGACACUCACUAUCCAGCGGAAGAACUGAAACCGAACGCACGGAUAGGUGAUAGCGAAGAGGAUCUCACACUGCACGACCAACUACGCCGAUUGCACCAUCAACAGCAGCAACGGCAGCAAAAAAGAGUGCCCGAAGCGGAACCGGUUCCGCUGGAGGAGGCUGGAGCUCCCGGUGUCGAAUCCGACAUCGAGCAUCCAGACAGUGGGCUUCAGUCGACCGAUUCCGACACGGAAACGAAUGCCGGUUCCCGGUCGCCCUUGCUCGAACCGCGCGCACACCGAACGCAUUCCGAGCAGGCGGUCGGUGCGGCGGCCACGCUAGUGGAAGCGAAAAAUCCUGCAUGCUGUGCCAUAGUGCCUCCGAAGCUGAUCGGCAACAGCGAGGUGAAGAAAACCGCCUCGAGUCCGACGAUCAGCUGUAGCGACAGGUGCACCGACACGGUGCCACACCAGCACCGGCUCCGUUCGCCGCUCGCCAAAGCGUUCGAGGAGCCGGGCUGUCUGUCGUCCAGCGACUGGGAGCAGGCGAGCGCUAGUUCGAAAGAUUUGCUCAUCGCAAAGGACAGUCAAGGCACGACGAUGGUCAAGGAGGGUGGAGGUGGAACUGGACUGAAAAAAUCCGUAACCGGAAGUGAAUCGGAUCCACAAAUUCCUGGUUCGAGUGGAACGACGAGCGGAAAAGCGAAGGUAAAGGAUGACGGUAGUAACACGGGUGCCGGCAAUUCAGCUGCCGCGGAAGCAGCAAACGAUGGCGGAUCUUCCCUCUCGGUGACGCAGGUACAGCAGCGCAAUUUGGGAGCGAUUCCGAAAACAUCACCCCCAGGCCGCAGUGCCAGCGUUCGGCGGUUAAGCGUGGAGGAAAACUAUCCCAGCGCGAGCAGCAAAAUCUACAACCGUUCGCUCUCCCAACGGUUGCUGGCGGAGCGUAUACCGGAAAACUCAACGGCCGCCCCGCUAAUUACGUUCCUAAACUAUCGCUCGGAUGUGCCAAUUCCGCCGAUAUAUCUGCCGGGCAACAGUGCGCUGUCCGAGCAGCAAACGGCCAGCUUUACGUUUCGGCGACCCGCACCCCUACCGGCGCGUCCCUACCGGCACCUAAACUGUCGCCUGCGGAUGCUUAAACCGGACGGAGCGAACGGUGGUGAUGGUGGUGGUCCGUCUGCCGGAGGCAGUGGACCGUCGGCAACGCAGCCCGGUGUAUCGUCUUCGUCCGCCACGUUCGGCGAUUGUUGGCGAGAUGAUGAUAAUAACAAUUGUAAUUACUGUCUGGAUGCGCUUGAAAAUCCACAAUCUCGGCUACAGUCGAUCGCAGCGAGCACGAGCACUUCCGGUGCGAGUGGGUUUAUCGGGUCGCGCAACAUCUGUCACGAUGCGCUAAUGCCGGGAGCCGUCGCUGAAAUGCCUUUAAGCUUCUACGUCACGGAUGAUUCGGAUCGGUGGUUACGGUGCGCGGCCAAUGUGAUAAAGGAGCGGUUCGGUGCGCUGAAUCCGUUGAAUCCGUAUCUGCACCAUCAUAUGCACCAUCAUCAUCACAACCAUCGCACGAUCAGCAUCAGUGGACCGUCGACGAGCGGCACGGGUGGAGUGGUAGGAAGCAUCGGUAGCAUGGGCGUCGGUGGCAGUGGGCUUGCGUCCGGUGGACCAACGGUUGGGACGAUCUCGUCCGCCGGGGACGAUUUUAACACCGCGUCCAUCAACUCGGGCAGCGGGAUUGCGGACAAAACGAUCGUGGCGUCGACCGAUUGCAGCUUGUCGCGGGCGCAAAGCACGAUCGAUGUGGUGCCGCAUUCCAUGUUUGGCGAAACCGGUCCGAAGGUGCGCCCGAAGCGGUACUACAAGCUGUCGCUGCGGUUUCUCUGCUUCCGGGAGCAUCUGAACAUUUCGAUGAACCGGUUGCAGCUGUUGGCGCUGUUCGACCGGGACACGAGCUGGGCCCAGGUGGUGCUGGCGAUCGCCCUCUGUACGCUCGUGUCGCUGCUCGGCUCGCUCGUGCUGUACCUGAAGUUCUACGAGGAUCUGUACGCGUUCAUCUUCUGCUUCGUGAUUGCCGGCAGCCAGUAUUCGCUGCUGAAAAGCGUCCAGCCGGAUGCGGCCUCCCCGAUACAUGGGUUCAACAAAACCGUCACCUACUCGCGCCCCAUCUACUUCUGCCUCUGCUGUGGACUGUUGCUCGGUGUGCAUCAGCUGUUGCGCGAGUACCAGCUAGGGCUGGGACCGGGCAGCACCGUUUCGAUGGUGCUGUUCGGCUUUCCGAUCUCGAUCGUCGCCUUCCUCCAGUCGGCGCAAACGAUUCUCGCGGUGGUGAUACUGUCGUUUCCGCUCCUGUUCAGCCUGGGACUGUUCCCGCAGAUCAACACCUUCACCAUGUACUUCCUGGAGCAGGUCGACAUGCAUCUGUUCGGGAGCAAUGCGUCCUGCAGCCUGCUCGCCUCGUUUCUGUCCGUCGUCCGUUCGAUCGUCGCCUGCACGCUGCUGUUCGGGCUGGUGUACGGUGCACUGUUCGAAGCUGGCACGCAGCACGUCCUGUUCUCGAUGUACUGUGCGUGUCUCGUGACGGUUUCGUACCAUCUGUCGCGGUGCGCCAGCGAUUACACCUACAUCUGGGCGGUGAUAAAAUCCAGCCUGUUUUCCCACCCCGACUACGACGACACAUCGAGCAAGGAAGAUUCGAAGAUAUCGUCCGAUUCGUGUGACGACGCGCCGAAGGAGCGGCGCCAUUCGGGUGGGGAUGGUGGUGGUGGUGGUGGUGGUGGUGGUGACGGUUCAGCCCGGUCGACCGAUGAGAUGAACCGCGACUUCGACGAGGAGGCAGGCCGGGAUGCCGCUUCGAAGGAGUUGGACGACCCUUUGCCGAGGAAGCUGCAGGACACGGUAACGGCACGGCUGAAGAACGAUGCCGUGGUGUGCGUGGUACUGUCGGUGGCCAUGUUUAGCUUGCACUGCAGCACGGUGUUUACGGUGCUGCAGCCGGAAAUCAACCACGUGCUGCAUACCGGCGCCUGCAUCCUUGGCUUUCUCAUGCACUACGUCGUGCCCCAGCUGCGCAAGCAUCUGCCGUGGCUGUGCAUCGCGAAGCCAAUCCUGAAGCCGGAAGAGUUCGGCCUGUUCGAGGUGCACAAGCUGUCCAAGAUCAUGUGGUUCGAGACGAUGUACGUGGUGCUGUGCUUCGUCGAGCGGAACAUUCUCUAUCCGCUGAUCUUCGUCAGCGCGCUCACGGCUGACUGUGAGCAGAUUGCCGGGAAGUUUGGUCUCACGCUCGGUUCGAUCCUGAUUGUAGUGUGCAGUUUGAAGUGUGUUCGUAACGCGUACUCCGAUACCGGCAGUCAGUACAUUAUACUCAUCUUUACGGUGCUUUUCUUUCGGCUCGAUUACAAAAUGUCGAGCGAAACGUUUCUGUUGGACUAUUUUCUCAUCUCGAUCCUGUACCGCAAGAUUGCUGAAUUUCUGCUAAAGCUGCAAUUCGUAGUCACGUAUAUCGCCCCCUGGCAAAUAACGUGGGGCUCAGCGUUUCACGCAUUUGCGCAACCGUUCAGCGUGCCGCACUCCGCGAUGCUGUUCCUGCAGACGGCGAUCAGUGCAAUCCUAUCGACGCCACUCAAUCCAUUUCUUGGUAGUGCCAUAUUUCUCACCUCGUACGUACGUCCGAUUAAGUUCUGGGAGCGUGACUACAACACUCGGCGCAUCGAUCACUCGAACACCCGGCUAAGCUCGCAGCUCGAGCGCGACCUCGGUGCGGAUGAUAACAACCUAAACAGCAUCUUCUACGAACACCUGACGCGCUCGCUGCAACACUCGCUGUGCGGUGACCUGCUGAUGGGUCGCUGGGGAAACGUCAGCCAAGGGGAUUGUUUCGUGCUUGCCUCCGAUUACCUAAACUGCCUCGUACACAUUAUCGAGCUCGGCAACGGGCUGUGCACAUUUCAAAUGCGUGGUCUCGAGUUUCGGGGCACGUACUGCCAGCAGCGGGAAGUUGAAGCAAUCUCGGAGGAGGUUGAAGAUAAUAUUGGAUGCUGCUGCUGCGCGAUCGGUCGUUUGCCGCGUAUGCUAAGUGCCAACGCAAUGUUCACGACACGCUGGCUCGCCUGGCAGGUGAUGGCAUCGAAGUACGUGCUGGAGGGAUACUCCAUCUCGGAUAACUCGGCCACCGCCACGAUGCAGGUGUUUGAGUUCCGCAAGGUGUUAAUCUCGUACUACGUAAAGAGCAUCAUCUACUACACGCUACGAUCGCCGAAACUGACGAGCUGGCUCCAGUCGCAGGCAAUUGAGGAAGCGCUCGAACACACCACCGACCGGCAGUUUGUGGAUUUGGAUCCGGUGUUCAACAUCAAUCUGGACGACGAUUACGAUUCGCGGGCGGCGGGCAUUACGCGCAGCAGCUUCUGGUGUGUGUACGGCGAGUGGAUACAGUUUUGCAGCGACAAGAAGCGUCAGCAGCUGCAGGCGGCCCUUAACGAGCGUACGCCAAGAAAAACCACGGGCAGUGCAGCUAAAAACGGAGCGUCUGGUGAUGCUAGUACAGGAGGCAAUUGUGUCGUUUCGUCAUCGUCCAACGCGAACGUUACCAAGGCGGAGAGUGGUGGUAGCAGUGGUGUGCUGAAGGAAGGAAAGGCGCCUUCGGAAGGUACGGGCGCCACUACCACUGGAUCGACUGCGCUGGUGGACGGUUGGGUGGAAGGAUCGGCGGCAGACGGCGGUGGUGGUGGUUCGAAUAAGGCAGAAUGCGGUGAGCCUAGUGGAGGGAAUGGAAACAGUGGGCCAGCGGGAGCGUCCAGCGGAGCGAACGGUGCUGGAUCGUCGUCGACAAAUGGAUCGAACGGUACCGCGAAUGCCUUUUUCAAAUCGACGCGCGAUUCGUUGGUGACUUCGCUGUGCAUGUCGUUGGCACUUUUGGCCCGACGAACGCUCGCCACCGCCAGCCACAGCUCAUCGUGCGGGGUGGAGUUCUUUCUGCACGGACUGCACGCACUGUUCAAGGGCGACUUUCGCAUCACCUGCCCGAGGGACGAGUGGGUGUUUGCGGACAUGGAGCUGCUGCACGGUGUUGUAGCGCCCGCCGUACGAAUGUCCCUGAAGCUGCACCAAGACCACUUUCUCUGUCCGGACGAGUACGACGAUUACGGCAACCUGUACAAUGCGAUCGAUUUCCACACCAAGGAGCUGGUGAUAUCGCACGAGGCGGACCCGCUGUGGCGCAACGCGGUGCUGCGCGGUACGCCCAACCUGCUCGCCCUGCGUCACGUCAUGGAUGACGGAUCGGAUGAGUAUCGGGUGAUCAGGCUUACGAAACGAUUUCUCACCUUCCGGGUGAUUAAGCUGAACCGUGAGUGCGUGCGUGGACUGUGGGCCGGCCAGCAGCAGGAGCUGAUCUACCUGCGCAAUCGCAAUCCGGAGCGGGGCAGCAUACAGAAUGCGAAGCAAGCGCUGCGCAACAUCAUCAACUCGUCCUGCGAUCAACCGAUCGGGUACCCGAUCUACGUGUCGCCGCUGACGACGUCGUACGCGGAAACGAACGCACAGCUGUGCCGCAUCAUUGGCGGUGAAAUCACGCUGGAAAAAAUACAAUCCAUGCUGAUCCGCACCUGGAAGCGGAUACGGCAGCGCUGCCGGGAAGGUUGCAGCAGCGGCAGCGCCAUCAUCGAGGGCGAGAUGACGGAAAUGCAGGGCGUGUACUGCAACACGCCGACACCGAACAACACGCUGUCCGGUACGGCCGGUACGCUGUCGUACGGCAGUCAAAACAUGUCGAUCUCGGGCGCGGUGGCGAAUCGGGGCAGUAUGGCGAGCAUUAACAAACCGACCAGCUCGACACUGUUGGCCGGCUUUUUGAUACGCGAGCGGGAUGCCGAGCGGGAAGCGAUGGCGCUGGGUCUGACGUCGGCCGGUAUGCGUGAGCGCAACUCGAUCGCUAAGCGAGCCGCGGGAAGCACCAGCAAGGAUCGGAUCGAUUGGGGCGCGCUGCAGAUAAACAAGCGCGAUUCGUUCCGCGAGGUGCUGGCGGAAGCGGUUGCCGCUGCGGCCGGUGGCAGUGGGAACGAUAGUUCGGUCGGUGCGGAUGAUGAAAGCCAAAGCACGGCGGGCGGCAGUCCUAGCGCGACGCUGAAACCACAGGGCAGUGUCGAGUCGACGUCCGGUCUGGCGGCCGCCGGGUACAUCCACAAAGCGAACGUUCCCUCGUCGAUGCUCUCUGGCGGUGGGCCGGGCUUUAGUUCGGCGCUGGCCGGUGGUGGUGCGGGCAGUGGGGUAGCGGCCGGCAGUCGCAUCCCGGGAGUGCCGGGCACGCUGACGUUUACGCUCUCACCACCGGACGAUGCGCCGUACUCGUUGUUUGUGAUGGCCGAGGCGCAGGCGGAUGAGGCGAAGGCCGGCAUUCAGUGGCUGCAUUCGCCACCGGCGAUCGGCCUGAACAAGAAGGUUAUCAUCGUGGAUGCAUCACAGAUCUACGACUGUCUAGACCUUGGCCGUCGUAUCGAUGUAAGCUGGCCCAACGAACAGUUCCGUGCGAGCGGCGGGCGCUCGUCGUGGAAGGACUGGAUCCCGCAGGAAGGUAUGGUGGGCAACGUGGUGCACUACUGGCAACCGAACCAUCCCGACCAUCACUUCCGCUCCAACGUGAAUCGUACCAUUCUGCUGGUGAAGAUCGGCGAACGCCAUGUACCGAUCGGUGAGAAAGGCAUCAAGGAGUACAACACAAUCGGGUUGGCUGCGACGGACCCUCUCACAGCCAUCGGGCAGGGUGACGAUGCUGGCGCUACACCGGCACGCCAGCAUUCGCUGGAAGCGGGGGCUUCCGGUGAAACUGUUACACCAUCGGCAGAACUACCCACGAACGAGCUGCAAACGAAUCAGUGCGAGGAACAGGUUAGUUCCACCUCAUGCGAAACCGCUAAUCGGAGUGUUGUUGAAACCGCACCAAAGGGAGAGUUGGAGAAGAGUGUGCCGGAACCGGAGACGACGUCCUCAGUGGAUGCGGCAUCAUCGACAGUUGCGAAAAAGUAACUGCUGCUACUCGAAAGACAUCACAGGUACUGUGUGCUGCGGUAGAGCAGGUAGAGGCAUUCAGUAAUGUUGUGUUGUAAAUAGCUAUUCGCAUCAUCGCCUUAUUCAUGUUAUAGUUGAAUUACACGUUACGUAAAUCGUACUGCGUCGGUUCGAAUACUAUGGAGCAGUACCGCUGUGUUAGGAUAGUGGCCGCCGGAUGUUGCGAGAGGUUCCUAACUAAAAGUCAGCCGUCGUUCGGACACCAUGCAAAACCGAAAUGAUCGAGUGAGCCGUUUGCUGAACAGUUUUGUCAGUAUUGCCGAACCGAAUAUGUGUCGUAGCGUUCUCAAAGACACAAAGACACACACAGUCAAACCAUCACUUGUUUUUAUGCAAUAGCAGGGUUUUCCGGUUUUAAAUAUCUCCUUACUGUUUCACGCGUAUUAUGUUAACUGUUUUUUUAAAUGAAACACACAAGCCACAAUAGUUUCGUCAUACAACCGAAAUUUUAUGCUGUAUUUCUGUUUGCGUGCGCUGUUUAUUUAUGAUAGGCAUUUAUCAUAUUACCAGCACCAGUUGUGGCAGGCAAUAUCGGUCCACCCUUCAGCAUGGUUUCGAUACUUUUCUCCUUCUUUACCUAGCUAGCAAAAGUAAAAAUGAAAUGAAAUGCAAAAAUCGGAUGUACCGCAGGGAGAAGAAGGCGCCGGGGUAGAUAUGGCUCUGUUGUGCGCGUGUGUAAAAAGGGCGCGUCCCUUUCCCCUUCCCCCCACAAAAAUCAAUGGAAUCGAAAAAUAAAAACCGACACACACACACACACACACACACAAGGGAUCGCGAUGAAUUGUGAUAAUUAACAUGUAAGUGAAGAAAUCAUAUAUCGUUGUAAUAUAGAUAAAACAAAGAAGAAGCAGAUGGAAGAAAAAGGCUUGCCUCUAAUACGCUUUAGGAAUGGGUUUUAUGGAUUGUAAAUGAAUAGAAGAAAAUGAAGAAAACAUAGAUAGGACCAGAACUAAAUCAUACGAAGGAUUUAAAUAGAACGAAACAAAGCUAACACAACAAUGCUAUCGACAAACACUCGUUUACAAACUCGUUAUACCGAAACAAAGCAAAGAAAACAAAAAAAAUCGUUGAAUUAUUAAUAUUGUAGAACACACACACACACAAACACACUCGAAGUUGACGGAUACAACCCCGUUGCAAAAUGCAAGGCACAGGCCCAGUUCCCCCAGGCUCCUCACCGACGCAUAGCACGUCGGGGGAAAAAAGCGGGAAGCGAACCCUGCACACUGACUGGCAUUAAGCGAAUAAGAGAGGAUUGCUGACGGAACUCCUUGUUUUCGUACAAUGUGCGCCCCGUUCGUUCGCGCGCGAUUGAUUUUUUUUAUAGAGUAGUUAGCCUAGUUAGUUAAUUACUUUACACCGAAUUAAUCUAAACAAACAAAAACGGGAACGCGGGAAUAGACGGUAGAUUGUUAUCAAAGUAGCACGGAAACGGAGCCGCCAGUCCAUGCAAGCGGGACAAGCUGGAGUUAUAGAAUCAAACGCAUAGCAACGCGAGAGAGAGAGAGAGGGAAAGAUGCGAUAUAAAAGCUGUUUUUACUGUCUAAACUAGAGCAUGUUGAGUUGUUCCAUAUAUACAUAUACUAUUUCGCUUUUGUAUGUAUAUAUCGGUUUAAUUAGGAAUGAAAUGAAUUGCAAUGGAAGCGGGACGGCAGCGCAGCCACAUCGAGAGCAAGAGAAGCACACUUGCGCAAACCGUACACACGGGCAUGAUCAUAUACAAUACAUACAUACAUACUAUAUACUGUAUUAAAAACCGGGCAACUAAAACACUAUCAAGCGACCAUAGGAUAGUGAUCGAAAACCAAAACAAACGACCGAAUCUAUCGUGUGAAUAUAGGUGUGAGUGUGCGAGCCUGAAUCUUGGAGCCUUGGGGCUUGCGGGGUAGUAUUGUUUCCUGUUUUCCUGUUACAAUGUAAUCAAACUCUCGCUCUUGGAAAUCUAAAACACACACACACACACACGCGGACACGGAUUCACAAGUUAUGCCUUUUUUAACAAAACAAAAAUAAAAACAAAAAAUGAUAAAAGUUUUUCAAAACGUA